GUGCCGGCGGACACGCGUGGCGGCCGCUGAUUGGCUGAGCGCCGGGGCGACGCCCGAGGCGCUGGGUCAGCGUGUGCGCCUGUCUGGGGGCGCGGCGGUCCAGUUUUAGACGGGCCUUUCUGUGUUGUGCGGCCGCGGGACGGAAAACCGGAGGAGGGAGCCGUAGCGGCGUUAUGAAGAGCCGACCCAGCGCCGCCAUGUGCGCGUCUCCAGUGCUUCUAGCCGCUCUGCUGACCGUCAGCUCUGCGGUGCCGGUCAAACAGAACCCCCAGCCGAGCACCGGGAUGGGUCAGUUCGGUCCGCCCCGGGAGCAGCACGCGGCGCCGGCUGCUGGUCCAGUGCACGGCGCCCAGCGCCUCAAAGCCUCGUCAGGGGACGCCUCAGUGUCUGACCGGGACUCGGCGCCACCCCUGCCGCUGUGCCCCGAGGGCAGCCGAUGUGUGCCCUCGGCACUCUGCUCAUCUGUGGACAUCAUAACAUACGAACAGCCAAAUGAGGUGUAUCACCCGACAUCACAAUACGACCGACAAACGUUCACACCGCGGUUCACCUGUGGCCAGUCCAACUCGGACCACGUCUGCUGCCGAGAGGACGGCGUCCUCUCCUUCAGCGCCUCCUCCGGAAACCCUUUCGGCUUCCCCUCCGACCUGGGAACCGGCGGCUUCCACCACCGCGACAACAACCUCACACCGGGCGUCGCGCUGAGACCCGGUGCCGCAACGGGUUCGGCGUCUGGCUCCAGUGCUGGACAGAGCUCUGGGUCUGUGACUGGGGCUGGAUCCCAGCAAGGAUCGAACUUUGGAUCGGAAUCGUCCGGCUUCGCCUCUGGAUCUGGCUCCGGGUCAUCCAGCUUUGGGUCCGGCUCAGGAGCAGACUCAUCCGGCUUUGGCUAUGAGUCUAAUACAGGAUCAACAGACUCUGGAUCAAAUUUUGGCUCGGGACCUGACUCAAGUUUCGGCUCUGCAUCUGGAUCAAGCUUCGGCUCUGGCUCGGGCUCAAGUUUCAGCUCUGGCUCUGGCUCAAGUUUCGGUUCUGGAUCAAGUUUCAGCUCUGACUCUGGCUCAAGUUUCGACUCUGAAUCGGGCUCAAGUUUCGACUCUGAAUCGGGCUCUAGCUCGAGUUUUGGUCCAGGAUCUGAAGUGACUUAUUCAUCGGUCUCAAGCACUGGGCAGAGCUCACAAGCAACUGGCGGUGGCUCUGGAUCAGGAGUACGCGAGGUUUACCCACAGUCCUCCUUCUCUGUUUCUGGACUGCCUGGCAGCUUUGAUAGCGCAUCGACAAACGACGGAGGUUUCAGCGGUGGACCAUCGAGCUCUGGCUUCUUCAGGCAAGAUGGUUUCGACGUGCGACCAGGAGGCCCACGAGGUCCAAGCUUCGGCCACUUCCCUCCUGGUAUGCCGCCAAUGGGACUUCCGAUGCCCCACCCGGGGAUGGGUAUGCCUCCUCACGGACCUGGCAUGUUCCCUCCCAACGCUCCUGGCUUCCCCACGAGUCACUCUGGAUUUCCUUUAAACGCUCCGAACGUCCCCUCUGGCUCCAGCUUUUCCUCUGGAUUCGAUGGAAGCUCUAGCUUAUUCUCCCCGGACGACUCUGGAAGUUCUGCACCUGCACGUCGCCGCCUUCAACAGGUGCUAAUCCGGGGCCAGCGUUACGUCGUACCCGAGUUCAGCUCCGUUCUGGAACUGGACGGAGGCGCUGAGGCUUUCGUCACACACGAAACAACACUAGUCAGCAUGGAAGUGAGACCGGCACCCGGGUUCGCCGCCACUGGAAGGUCGCAGACUGUCCUGGUCGAUGGAAGACCUCACGUGACGGGGGAGUUUGUCUACGUUUCCGAUCCAAGCAAAGGAGGGAUCAUUUUCACCACGGACGGUGUCCCGAGGGAGUAUCAAAUCGUCGGCGGGGAGACACCUGGAGAAGUGGAGCCUUUCGUCCCCCAAACGGAGCUGGUGAUGCUGGCAGCCGACAUCCUGCGCCAACUCCAAGGAGCAACUACACAUCAGGAUACCGACACGCAGAGCAGCUCAUCCUUCCACCCGCCGCCCGCUACCCCUUCCACGACCUUCGGGCCACCCAAACCGUCAUCCCAAUCCAGCAGCUCGGGUUCCUUCAGAGGACAAUCUAGCUCCUCUGGACAGCCCAGCGCUUUUGGACAGUCUAGCUCCUCUGGGCAGUCCAGCUCUUCUGGACAGUCCGGCUCUUUUGGGCAGUCCAGUUCCUUUGGACAGUCUGGUGGUUCCUCGAGUGGACAGUCUGGUGGCUCCUUUGCUGGACAACAGAGCUCAUUCGGUGGACAGUCCGGGUCCUUUAGUGGACAGCCUGGUGGCUCCUUUGCUGGACAACCGAGCUCAUUCGGUGGACAGUCCGGGUCCUUCGGUGGACAGUUCGGGUCCUUCGGUGGACAGUCUGGUUCCUUUGGUGGACAGCCUGGGUCCUUUGGUGGACAGCCUGGGUCCUUUGGUGGACAGCCUGGGUCCUUCGGUGGACAGCCUGGGUCCUUCGGCGGACAGCCUGGGUCCUUCGGUGGACAGUCUUCCUUUGGCGGGCAGCCUGGUGGCUCCUUUGCCGGACAAUCCGGCUCCUUUGGAGGGCAGCCCGGGACAUUCGACAGUCAGCAUGGCGGCUUUUCAGAUAGCUUUUCAGGAGGUGGAAGCUCCUUCUCCGAUCCCGAUACUUACACCUUCCACGAGGGCGAGUCGUCUCACGGAGGCCAUCUCGGAGGGGUCGGACCCGCGCCGGGUCACGGGAAGCCUCACGGUCAAGGUCACGGCUUCGGUCACGGGGGUCCAUCGUCGAGCUACGGACCGCCCGGACCCUACGGGCACGGUCCUCACGGGCCGCCGUUCCCGCCCCAUCGGCACCCUCACGGACCUCCGUAUGGGGUCGGUCACGGCCAUCUCAGGCCGCUGCUGCCGCCGCCGCCGCCGAUCCUGCCCAGGCCGCCUCUGGUGCCGCCGCCCACCCUGUUUCCGGCACAAACUGAGACCUGCGGUGUGCGGGGCCAGCUGUCCGACAUCUACUCGUCAGUGUUCGGAUCGUUUGCCGCGCGGAUCUCGUCCGGGUUUGGACUGGAACCCGGUGUCGCCGACUAUGCCUCCCACCCGUGGCACGCUGCAAUUUUACGUCGGACGGCCCCGCACGAUCCCCGUGGGGCGCGGCUCGGCGGACUCGAGUACCUCUGUGGGGCCACGCUGGUCUCCGAGGACGUACUCGUCACCGCCGCUCACUGCGUACAAGCCGAAGACGAAAGGGAGCUUAUUGUUAGGCUCGGGGAAUAUAACCUGUACUCGGAAAAAGAGGAACUGUACGGACCUUACGAUGCGCGAGUGCGGGCCAUACACGUUCAUCCCGACUACCUAUCGUCCGUGUACCUGGCCGACAUUGCGGCACUGCAGCUGACGGCUCCAGUGCCCCUGUCGACCCUGCCGCACGUGGCCACCGCCUGUCUGCCGGGGCCUGACCUCAGCACAGAGCCGGUCACCUGUGAGGCGCCCGGAUGGGGCUACGACGCCUACAAGACGCAGCUGGAGAAUGCUCCGCACGCGCUGAAGGCGGUCUCCCUGCGGCCCACGGCCUCGGACACGUGCGAGGCCUCACUGCAGAAUACACUGCUGGGACCGGGCUUCCGUCUGCAGGAGGGCACCUUCUGUGCCGUCGGGUCACAUGGACAGGACACUUGUCUGGGUGACGGCGGCGGCGGCCUGGUCUGUCCCCGUCCCCCGGCCUCGGCGCGCGACUCUCCCAAAUACCAGCUGGUGGGGGUCACCAGCUGGGGGGUGCGCUGCGGGGACAACACACCAGGCGUUUACACCAACGUGGCUGCGUACCGGGCGUGGCUGGAGACGAUCAUAGACAGCUCGCACCACCCGGGUCCCUUCCCCAUUCCCGUACCCUUUUUCUGAGGUCCAACGCGCUGGACCAGUGUUAUAUGCAGCUGUGACAUGUCUGUUGUAUGACUGGAUGAACUUAUGUGUAUUGUGCUGGUCCAACAGCGUGUCUUUCAUGGAAUAAAGGGAUACCGGGGAAA